AUGAAAAAGAGUGACAAUUAUUAUAGGACUGAUGAACAACUUUUAAUUUGUGGGUUACUUUUCUUUGCUGAAACAUGGGCAUCAAGACAAUUUCCGUACGACCCGUACUGGCGCAACAUGCGGAAACUCUGCACGCUGCAGCUGCUGAGCAGUUUCAAGAUCGACCAUUUUUGUCAAAUGAGAAAGGCCGAGGUCGGGCUUCUUGUUGGCUCCCUAAAGCGCGCUGCUGAGGGGGGAGAGAGCGUCGAUCUCAGCGCGGCGAUCUCGGCCGUCAACGGCGACAUGAACUGCUUGAUGAUUUUCGGAAGGAAGUAUUCCGAUGGGGAUUUUGAUGAGGAGGAGGGGUUCAGAGCUCUGUUCAUGGCGACGGUGGCGGCGCAGUUCAAUCUCGCGGACUUCUUCCCCUACGUCGGGAGUCUUGAUCUGCAAGGGCUGAAUCGGAGGAUGAAGCAGUUGAGCAAGGUGUUUGAUGGAUUCUUGGAGAGAAUCAUCGACGAUCACGUGGUGAAGAGGGGGGAGGAGGAGCGGAGCGAGGACUUCGUUGAUACGAUGAUGGCGAUCAUGGAGUCUGGGGAAGCUGGGUUUGAAUUCGACCGACGCCAUAUUAAGGUCGUGCUACUGGAUUUACUCAUAGCAGGAACGGAUACAUCUGCGGCUGUACUAGAAUGGGCGAUGUCGGAACUGAUGAGACAUCCAACAGUGAUGAAGAAACUCCAGCAAGAACUUGAAUCGGUCUUGGGAUUGGAUGAAAUGGUUGAAGAAUCGCAUUUCGACAAACUCAAAUACCUGGACUGCGUGGUCAAGGAAGUCAUGCGUCUCCAUCCUGUGGCGACCCUCUUACUCCCUCACGAAUCCAUGGAAAACUGUGAGCUCCAUGGUUUCUACAUACCCAAGAAAUCAAGAGUUAUCGUGAACGCGUGGGCUAUAGGAAGGGAUCCUGAUGUUUGGGCUGAUCCAGACUCUUUUACACCUGAGAGGUUCAUUGAUAGCGAUAUAGACCUGAGAGGCCGCCAUUUCGAGCUCAUACCAUUUGGUUCGGGUAGGAGGGGCUGCCCGGGGCUGCAACUAGGUCUGACCGUGGUGAAACUGGUGGUGGCACAAUUGGUGCAUUGCUUUGAUUGGGAGCUUCCAAAUGGUAUGAAGCCUAGUGAAAUAGACAUGUCUAAGCACUUUGGUUUGGUGACGGCUAGAGUUAAGCAUCUCAUGGCCAUUCCUAGUUAG